UUCGUGGACAUUGGCAGCCGUGAAUGCUACGUCGGUAUGCUGUAUGCCUGCUACGACUUGAUCCGCCCCGACGUGGUCUUGGAAAUCUCGUGGCGCCAUGGCCUGCAUGACUUUACGAUGCCGUACAUGAUCAACAUGUUGGCCCAGCAGACUGCCACCAUUGAAUUGCUCAAGAAGGACAACGAGGAGCGGAAGGCGCGGGAGAAGUCGCAGCAGAAGGAGGAGGACCACACCCCCAUCAUGGGAUCGCGACUGAUGCUCACGCAGGGCCCGGCCAGCGCACCCAGCCCGGGACCGUUCCAGCAGACCAACGGUAUCACUCCGCAGGCGACCGGGUUCCGUGCGUUCUAA